UCUCUCAGUUCCGUUUCUUCUUCCACCCGCCCAUUACAUUGCAGCUUCAUUUUUCCGUCUAUUUUGGCCCUAGCUGUUGCUGCUCUGCUCUUCGUAUUCAAUUUCUGCGGGGAAUUGGUUGAUAUUCAAAAAAGAACGCUUCGCGUGGGUCGUUUGUUAAGUUAUUCUUGCAGAAGAUAUUUGCUGAGGAAUAUGGAAGUCACUCAGCCAAUAGAGGACACAUCAUCUGAAACUGUCUCAGAUACAGUAGCUCAAGAGAAUCAUGAGACUCGUGAUGAAAUGCUUUCAAGACAUAGGAAAGAAAUAUCACAGUUACAGAACAAAGAAAUCGAACUUAAAAAGGCAGCUGCUAGAGGUAGCAAAGCUGAACAAAAAAUGAAGAAAAAGCAGGUGGAGGAAGAGAUAUCUCAACUUUCUGCAAAGCUAAAAAAGAAGCAUACUGAAGAACUUGCGUCCUUGGGCUUCAGUGACAGUAAUGGAAAUGAAAAAAACAAUAUCGAGAAUCUAGUGAAGGCCAUUGCUGGAGUAUCUACGACAGUUCAGUCCGAUCUCUCGAAGCCAAGCAAAAGCACGAGACGGAGGGAGAAGAGGGCUCAACAAGAAGCAGAAAGAGACCGAAGAAUUGAAGAGGAACAGAGCAACAUUGUGAGUGAUAGAAUGAUUGAGAAUGAACAAUUGGAAAAGAAGCUUGGACCUCUUGGUUUGACUGUUAACGAAAUCAAGCCAGAUGGGCAUUGCCUAUACAGAGCAGUCGAAAGCCAGCUAGCCCUCCUUUCAGGAGGUUCAUCUCCAUACAAUUACCAAGAACUUCGUGAAAUGGUAGCAGCUUACAUGAGAGACCAUUCAACUGAUUACAUGCCAUUUUUCCUCUCAGACAACAUUGUAGAAGGUAAUUCCGAUGUUCCGAUGGCUGAAAGGUUCGAAAACUACUGCAAGGAAAUCGAGUCAACAGCAGCAUGGGGUGGGCAGCUGGAACUUGGUGCUUUAACCCAUUGCCUUAAAAAACAUAUCAUGAUAUUUUCAGGAUGCUUCCCUGAUGUGGAAAUGGGGAAGGAAUACAAGUCAGACGGCGUACUAAACUCAAGCAUUAGGCUGUCAUACCAUAAGCAUGCCUUCGGACUUGGAGAGCACUACAAUUCUGUGGUUCCUGUAUGACCAGAUGAGGGUAUAUCAUGAAGGGCCACUUUACUUUGGCAUUUAUUCUGCCAUAUCUUGAGCCUUGAGUCUGUACCCAAAGGACAAGAGGUGUGGUAAAAUAUAUAAUGUUCUUUUUGUUUCCUUUCAUAGAUAUUUAGUCUUCCUCACAUUUAUUCUUCGAUUAGCCGAAUCAAGUUCUCCUGGUUAUAACAACACUUUCAUGGGCUGUUA